GUGCUGCUGGUGGCCUCUCUCAUCGACAAGCUGCCCAACCUGGCUGGGCUGGCUCGUACCUGUGAGGUGAUGGGCGCGGGACGACUGGUGCUAGCGGACCUGGCGGCCACACGCGAUCCGGUUUUCACCUCUGUCAGCGUUACCGCGGAGCAGUGGUUGCCGAUGGAGGAGGUGAAGCCCGCUGCGCUGCUUGCCUGGCUGGAGCGGAGGGCGGCGGAAGGGUACACCCUGGUAGGGCUGGAACAGACGGCUCAAAGCGUGCGGCUGCCCGACUACCGAUGGCCAGCCAAGGUGGUGCUGGUGCUGGGUCGGGAGAAGGAGGGCAUCCCACCGGAGGUGCUAUCGCUUCUUGACGCGACGUUGGAGAUUCCGCAACGCGGCAUUAUCCGGUCGCUGAACGUGCACGUGAGCGGCGCGAUUGCACUGUAUGAAUAUGUACGUCAGAUGCAGUUCCCACAGCAGCUGCAAUCAGUGGCUGGCGGGAAUUAA